UUUAUCUGCGUAUACCAUGUCCAACUAUUUAAAAGAACUAAAGACAAAACUUCAAAAAAUGGAAGAAGGCUACCCUCAUCAAUGGAAACUGAUAAAGGAAACAUAUAUACCUGAACCCAAAGAAGAAAUCAAUCAUAGCUUAGAAUUUUAUGAUAAAAUUACUCGACAAACAACAAAGCCAUUGUGUCAAAAUAUAGACUUGAUUGUACCAUCAGAAAACAGAACACAAAGUCAACAAAUUCAAUUGGAGCAGUUUUUGAACAUUAUAGGCACAAAACUUGACAAGCAAAGGUCGUUUAUUCAAGAGACACAAGAACCUAUUCAGGAUACAUUGAUAACCAAGAAAUUUAUAAGAAAUGACGAAAAAAGACAUUUUCGAAUUCAAGAAUUCAUCAAAACAGAAAGAUCGUAUGUUGACACAUUGCAGACCAUUGUAAAGCAUGUUGUUAGACCCCUUCGAGCCAACAUGAAUCAAAAGACUGCUAUUCUCAACACAUUCAAAUGCCAAAAGAUUUUCUUGAAUAUAGACCAAAUAGCCAUUGUCAAUAAAGACUUCUUGGCAGACCUGGACUCUAUGAAUGAUAAUUUCGGUGAAUUAUGCUCAAAACACAUAAUUAAAUUCGAAUGUUAUAGAAAGUAUUUACUCGAACAAGCUGAAGCACAAAAAUUACACGCUAAAGAGUUCAAAGUCAAUCAAAACUACAGGCGAUUCUUGGUCAAGGUCAAAGAUCAUGCAGACUUUAAGCGCAAGAGACUUCAGGACAUCUUGGUUGAACCUGUGCAACGUAUCAGUCGAUAUUCCAUGAUGCUUCGAGACAUUUUACAAUUAACACCUGAAGAUCAUCAUGACUACCAAGGACUAAAGGCUGCUUGUGAAAAAGCAAGGGAAAUUGCUACCAUGGCAGACGAUGACCCAACCAAGACAGCCACCAUGUUUCUGAAUCUGUAUCAAUCCAUUAAGGACUCACCUUGCUCUUUGAUCAAUCAAAAGAGGUCUUUUAUUGCUCACCUAGAUGCCAUUGAGAUCCAUCGAGUGACAAAUAAGCCUACGCGUGCUGUUACUAUCUUUUUAUUUACAGACAAGAUCCUUGUAGCCAGUCGGUCUUCCAUUGACGCUAAAGGGAUUGAUAUUCAACAGAUAUUAGAAUAUUCAAACCCCAUGUCACCUACUUCCUUGUUCUCGGGUAAUAACAAAGACAACCGGGCUGAUAAACAUCAGUUGAGAUUCAAGGGAUGGGCAGACAUCGAAAGUAUUGAAAUGUUUGAAGGUGUUCCAGAACGUCCAGGGUCUUUCAUUCUCUCUGCUACUAACAUACCUGAGAUACAUAGAGAUGAAAUGUCAAAUCUCACAUCAUUUGAAAAGUAUUUUUAUAAAGGUCCUAGGCUUUAUUCAGUGAUACCUCAAAAAGAUGAAAUGUCUUCUCGCCUGAAAAGGACUGAAUAUGUCGAGAAGUCAGUGGAGUUUAGAACAGUCUACCAAAAGACAAGAGCUUUGAUGAAGCAAUACGAUGUGCCCGAAAACAAAGUGUAUCACAAGCUCUGGAAAGGUACUUUUACCUUUUGCAACAUUUACUAUAGCCAAGAAAGCUAUCUAGAUGCAAAAUACAAGAACGACUUUGCCCUUAUCUAUGUAGACAAUGACCAAAUCCAAUUAGAGACAUUGUUUCCUUCUCAAUCAUCACUGUACCACCCAUGGGUCAUUGGUCUUGUUCAGCCAGAAGAAAUGAAGGGGUUCCGGUUCAAUAUCUGUAGCAAGUUACGCUUCUCUUCCAGUACGACGCAUACGGAUCCAACCAUCGACUUUGAAAGCAUAUUUUGGAAUAACCUGCUCUAUUUAAACCAAUGUCUAAAACAAUCAAAUGAAUAUUUAACACAAACUAUUGUCAAGGUUCAGCAAUCAGUCCUAAAUAAUUCUCAACAGCAACAGCGGUCUAGAUCAAAAUCAAUAUCAAGAACAUCGAGUAUUCCUUCUAUCGGGAAGCUAUUCCAUAGCAAUGGUAGUACUAGUCGCUCAAGAUCGGUAUCACCUUCAAAAAUGAUCAAAAAGUCGAAAUCAGCUUCGUAUUCCGCAACGAGUAACCGUGCCUCUGUUCAUUAUGCUUCAUGGAGCGAACAGUAUUACAAGAGUGAAUCACAAGCUUCUUCUUUGGCCACACUCAACUCGUCUUUAUCUUCUUCCAGUGGUCACUUGCCCCAGGAUACUGAAUAUACAUAUGAUCAAAAAGAACUACCUCUUGAUAUCGUAAGUCAUACUAAAUACUGCUCUAUACUAACCUGUUGAAUAGCAAUUGAAUAUGCUUCAUUUACCUUCCACCACAAAAGAUCCGAGAAAGUCAUUCUACAUGAACUCAGUCGAAAGCAACAGACACGUCAACACGAUAUCUUCAUUGGGCAGUGAUAGCAGCGCCGGCAGCUCUUUUAGUAUUAUUGAAGACCUCAAUGAUGAUGUCCAUGACGAUCGUCAAGGCGAAACUGAUUUUAUGACACUCAAUGUCAUAUCAAAAGUACGUGAUUCAUAACUAAUUAGACUGGACCCAUUUAAAUCAUGUAUAGACAGCAACAUCACCACUGAAAUUUGAAGACGAAAUGCAGCAACAAUGGAAAGCACUUGCACAUAAAUAUGAACUUUAAUAAAAUAAAAUAAAAAAAUUAUAACGGCUUGAACAUUCA